GUUACUUAUUCCUUGUGUUUUAAGAAAUUUCCACUCACGAUCCCCGACGCCAUUGAAUUAAGGUCACAUUUUUUUCUGUUAUCAAAAAUACGCUUUGACCAGGACUGAUGCGGAUUUCUUCCUUUUGCUUGAGUUUGGCAUUGAUUUCCAAUUGCACUGCUUAUGCCCAGGCACAGGACAGCCGGUACUCACGCUAUGAAGAAUGCUGGUGGAGAAGAGGUCGUGGUUAUUACUGUAUUUACCUUGGCAUUCCAGUAACAUGCUGCGAAGUAGCCGACACGCCGCGGUGUGUGCCCAAGUCAGAAUUGGGAAGCCAACGCUGCGAAUGCGUGGACAAAUAUGAUUGUUUUGACACAUAUGGGGUCACAUAUGAUUGCUGGCGUUAUACCUGCAUUAAAAAAACAACCACCGCGCGGCCUGUGACUAGAAAGCCUUCCACAUUUAGAGUCAAGACCUUGGAGCCCUAUUACUGCGAUUCGGACAGUGACUGCGUUGGCAGCAAAAAUUGCGAGGAUGGAAAGUGUAGGAUUACACAUCCCAGUGAUCCUUUUGAUAACAUAGGCGUACGACUGGGGACUUUGUUCGGUUGUACUUUCGUUGGCGCUGUACCACUGGUUUGGUUUUGUAACUGUUGGUUACCUCGGUUCCUAGAGAGACGUCGACUUCGUCGAGAGCGUCGACAGCAGGAAAGAAACUUGCGCGUGCGCACAGAACCUGGGAAUUCGAAUCACACUGCGGUCACGUCAGAAGUCACAUCUCUAGGAAGAGAAACUGAUGAACAUGAGUUUGUUAGCUGCUGCUAUCCACGAUGUCUUUGGAACUGGAACUUGCACGUGCACAGG